AUGGAUCGUCGACUCUCUCUAUCCAUCGCGGUCAUUUUGGCCUGGCACGUCACAUCUUGCCACGCUCUUGGCCGUACCACAGAUCAAUUCGUGGACUAUUUUCCGACCUUUGACACUUUUACCAAACCGCACAUUCUCACAAGAUGCCGCGAGGAAUACAGCAACUACACCGAUGUGUCUCUCGAGGAGCCACCGGGCCGACACAUAUACUCUGGGGCUCUACUCGACUGUAUCCUUGACCAGGUCUUGACAGAGACCGAGAAGGCGGGAAUGGCCGUCACCGGCAUCCUGUUUGCCCUUCUUCCCGUUCUCCUCGCCAACAUUGGCCCCACGGUCUCGGAACUCAGCUUCCUGGCUGUUCGCAGACCAAUCCUGGCCGCCCUGCUCGCGUACGGAUCACUGUCGCCAAACCCUGCCUCGCCCAUGAGCUUCGAAGAUCUCGAAGAGCUUGUCGAGAAGAGGAAGAAGACUCGUGACCCACUUGCCAAGCUGAGAUUCCUGAAGAGACCCAACCCCUUGGUUCUGACCAUCAUAUCCGUGGGCCAAUACGCCAUCGGCGUAGCAGCGACAGCCAACUCCUUUUUCCAGGUCUGGAGGCUUACAUACAGAGGGGUAUCAAUUGCCCCCAUUGUCGUGUAUAUUGCAGGCUUACCAGAAGAAACCACGAUCUUCGGUUGGGCCGUCCUCUCUCUGCCUGUCCAUAUCCUUGGGUUCAUGGCCUUCCGUCUCGCCUAUCUCCGCGAGCCCGCCUCGUCAAAGGGUGGUCGAUUCCGCCGCAUGCUUAUCCACGAAUUCACACCCAGCCUGUACAAGACGGGCUUUGACCUGCAGCCCCGGGAAAACUUGGUAGCCUUGCAAGCAUUCUUCAGCUUCGCCGUUCGCCUUUGUGCCAGUCUGCACAUCAUAGCUGGCUCUGCACUCUUGGGCAGCGUCUACUUUGUGUUUUUGGCCGACUCGCUGAUUGUCAUUUACAGCUUUGUGGCCUCGGCCAUGGCUACCAGGCUGGUCCUCGAGUUUGAACUUCUUGGGCUGGGGAGAGCACUCAACGAGCGUGAGGCGGAGUCAUCUGAUGGCGGGAUUGGCGCCUCGGGCCCUCUCCUCGUCAAUUCAAGCAAGACGGAGAACCAAUUCUAA